AUGACCACGACUGAAGAGCCUCAAGUUGAAGAAAACCAGGAGGUUGAGAAGAAAGUUGUUGCCAGUAAAGUGAGCGGUACAGUGAAGUGGUUUAACGUGAAGAACGGUUAUGGCUUUAUCAACAGAGAUGAAAACAAGGAGGAUAUAUUUGUUCAUCAGACUGUCAUCAAGAAGAACAAUCCCAAGAAGUACUUGCGCAGUGUUGGAGAAGGAGAGACAGUGGAGUUUGAUGUUGUAUCAGGAGCGAAGGGUCUAGAAGCAGCCAACGUGACUGGACCAAAUGGAAGCCCUGUACAAGGAAGCAAAUAUGCUCCGGACCGCCGAAGAAACUACUACCGCAACUAUCGAGAUUUCCGUCGUGGGAGACGCCGCCCCCGUGGCGGGCCCAACUCCGCUACCAACGGAGAGGUUAAACCGAAGGAGGAUGAUAAGGAGAAGAGGCGACCCCGCCGAAGACGACGUCCCAGAUAUAGGCGCAGGUCUGAUGAGGAACGCCCUGAAGGCGAUGAACAAGAAGAACGAGAUGGUGAUCAUGAAGGAGGAGAAGAGGGAGAAGAGCGUCCGGCACAGAAUCGUCGCCGUCAUCGUCCUUACCGCAGAUCCUACAGGCACCCUCGUAGAGAGGACGGAGUGAGAGGAAAGUGGCCGAUGGGAAGAGUUGAAAGAUUGCUUCCUGGAAAAGACGGCUUGACUCGUACUGUUAUUUUGAAGACAAAGAAAGGGCUUCUAAGGAGACCUGUACAGAGGCUGCCUCGUCUGGAAGCAAGCAGUACUAAAUUUGGAAGUGGUGAAUUAGGUGAAAGCGGUGCUUACGGUGGGGAGUCGUUACUCGAAAGGUGA